AUGGGAAGAACUGCGAAGGCAUCUUACUUUGCGACACCAUUGAAUCCAUUUCCCAUGAACCGUACACGGAGACCUCUCAGGUUAAGGCCUGUCGUUCAAGUGGCGAUAGCUUUGUUGGCGCUAUUCUCCCUUAUCAACCUCUUUUCCAAAUACCCCGAUGUGAAGACGGACGAUGUACCCCGGCCAACGGUUGGCAAGGUGAUGAUGAUUUACGGCAACAAUCCUGUGUACCAACGCGCAGUCAAGACACAUCAGAACCACUGCGAGCGAUGGGGCUAUCCGCUGUUCCUCCUACAGACAGAGAUCCUGGAUGGGGUAUGGAAUAAGCUAGCAUACCUUUCUUCUCUCAUCGUCCAAGAACUGGAGAAACCCGAGGCAGAGCGACUGGAAUGGUUAUUCUGGGUUGACAGCGACUCGGUUCUCAUGAAUCCAAAUAUGCGAUUGGAAACAUUCCUCCCUCCCCCCCAUCUAUCCGACAUCCACAUCGUUCUCACCGAAGACUGGAACGGGAUGAACGCAGGCGUCUUCCCUAUCCGAGUCCAUCCAUGGUCCAUCAAGCUCCUCUCGGCUGCAAUCGCCCUCCCGAUCAUGAACCCCGACAUCAAGCUCUUCUGGGAGGAGCAGUCUGCCGUGGUUAAAGUUCUUGAGAAGGAGUACUUUUCCCAAUCGGCUGCCUAUGUUCCGCUGCGCUGGUUCAAUGCCUACAUGCGUUCGCCUGACGGAGAGAGCUUGAACCCGGACUCGGUGGAAGACUUGCAAGUACAUCCUGGUGACCUGCUUGUCCACUUCCCUGGGACUCCUCGAGAUCACUUCAAUGAGACUCUCAGCCCGUACCUGGCCAUUGCGGAGCAGCAUCGCAGUGACUGGGAGGUCCCGGUAGAGCAGACAGUGUAUCCUGCGGAAACCGAGGAUUUUUGGCGGAAUUAUGCUAUGGAACGGGGGAUUGUGUCUCCAGAAUCGAUUUAUAUAGAGGAACCGGUGUAG